AUGAAAAAUGAAAACCUCAUUUUCGCCAUUUUCUCUGCUACCCGGCCGCCCGAUACAGUGGAAGGGCAGCCGGCGGGUCACGUGGCUUGUGCGGGCGAAUGCGCCGGCGCAAGGGACGGCCGCCAGUCGCCCGGGACCGACUCUAACCGGACCGUCGAUUUGGACGACCUGAGCGGCGAAUCGGACGCUAACUCCGGAAGCAACUCGCUAGGGCUUUCUACGUCGUCGUUGGACUCGGCUUCGGAGCUGCUCCUCGCUGCUGCCGCCGCUGUGGACUCAGCUGGAGAAGACGCCGAGGCCGCGCCAGGAGAACUGUGCAGAACCGUCAGGCACCUGAUGCGGUCGAUAGCGUCCAUAGAGCGGCUGAUGGACCGCGUGCUCAAGCACUGCGACGAGUGGCCGGCGCCUCCUAGUAGGAACGACCAUGAAGCCAGGAAACGCGUAGACAUGGGCCUGUCUGAAGUGGAUCGGAAGCUGAUGGCGAUGUACCGACGCCUGCCCGAGGUGCAUCUGCGCCAGCUGCAGGUCUACAACAAGCAGAAGAAGCUUUCCACGGUGUGCAUGCAGCUGGUGGGCGGUAGCGCGCCGCUGCCGCCCUGCCCGGGCUCGCCGCCGCCCACGCCGCACCACCACCACGCCGCGCCGCCCUGCCGCAACCUCUGUCCCGAGUACCAUCUCCGGCGGUUCCAGGAGGAGGUGAGCGAAUAUAGACCUUGUAGACAAGGCCAUAGGGUGCAAUAUAGCUCGCCGCACCACCACCACGCCGCGCCGCCCUGCCGCAACCUCUGUCCCGAGUACCAUCUCCGGCGGUUCCAGGAGUACCGUCUCAAGCGCUUGCAGGAGGCGAGCGAAUAUAGACCUUGUAGACUGAGUCGUAGGGUGCACUUUGGUCUAGCAAUGAGGGAGUUUUAG